AUGUCUCCUGCAGUCGCAAAGCUUGUACCAGAGGAAACUGUAUUCUUCCUCUGCGAUGUGCAAACACGUUUCAAAAAUGUCAUAUUCAGCUUUGAUGAGAUUGUAUUGACGAUCAAUAAAAUGCUCAAGAUCGCAAAGGUGUUGGAGAUCCCUGUGGUCGUCACAGAACAGAACCCUAAAGGCCUCGGAAACACCAUUCCCGACAUCGACCUGCCUUCCCUAGGGCCUCUUCUCGUUGCUACUAUCGAGAAAGGGCUCUUCUCCAUGAUGACGCCGGAAGUGAAGGCCCUACUCCACGAACGCCCACAUAUAAAAUCUGUGGUACUUCUUGGCAUCGAGUCACAUGUCUGCGUAUUACAAUCAGCUCUGGAUCUCAUCGACUUGGGGUACAAUGUCUACGUGAUAGCAGAUGGUGUUUCUAGCUGUAACAAAGAAGAGAUCCCCUUUGCCCUGGCGCGGAUUCGACAGAGUGGGGGAUACAUCACUACAAGUGAGAGUGCGGCCUUUCAACUGCAACGUGUGUUUUUCAUUACAACUCAUGGGGGGGCCUACUCAUCGAUUCCAGGGGAUGCUGGUCUUCCCGGAUUUAAACUAUUCUCGAACGUCGUAAAGGAAGAGAAGGAUAACACGGCAAGAACCUUGCAGAAACUGUUACAACCUCAUCCUGUCUUGUAG